GAUGAGGAAAAUCUUUUCAUGGCAACUCUUGCCUUCUGUCAUCGGCAAGCGUUCAAGGUUGCUUCCAUCUAAUUCGGCUUUCUCCACUACUUAUUUUGGGGACCAACCUGUUAAUGAAGAUGAAAAACAGCGCAGAGGUGAUUCCUCUCUGCUCCCUUCUCUAUUUCUCUCCCGUUCCCAGUUUUUCACGUUUUCCAAAACGUGGCACGAAAGUACGACAUUAUGAAUGAUGUUAUGAGUUUUGGGAUUCAUCGUUUGUGGAAAGACUGCUUCGUCAAGCAAAUAAUGCCAACACGGAAUCUUACCUUUUUAGACGUGGCUGGUGGUACAGGCGAUAUAGCCUUCCGAAUAUAUAAAUUUUCUCGGCAUUCGAGGCAAGCAGUUUCUGCCGAUACGCCGAUUACAACUGGUCCGAACAUUACCCUGUGUGAUAUAAAUCCGGCUAUGAUAGAAGUGGGCAAGGCAAAAGCCGAAAAAGCUGGAAUUUCAGACAUCCGAUGGGUAGUUGGGGAUGCCGAGCGACUCCCAUUUCCAGAUAAUUCGUUCGACGUUUACACAAUCGCGUUUGGCAUUCGCAACUGUACCCACAUUGAUUUGGUUUUAGAUGAGGCUUAUCGAGUCCUUAAACCACGCGGCCGGUUCUUCUGUCUUGAGUUCAGUCAAGUCAUCACUCCGUUGUUCCGAGGACUUUAUGAUGCUUAUUCAUUGCGAAUCAUUCCCGUGAUUGGGCAGUUGGUUGCUGGUGACUGGGCGUCCUACCAGUAUCUAGUUGAAAGCAUACGAAGAUUCCCCAAUCAAUCUGAAUUUUCAGAACUCAUCCAGGAUGCUGGGUUUUCGUCAGUUCAAGUGAUCAAUUAUUCCAAUGGCAUUUGCGCGGUUCAUAGCGGAUUCAAGGAACCCCUGCAUCUCAAAACUGGCUCCUUACCUUAAGUAGUGCCGAGGCGAUACCCCAUUAUUCACUUUGUGUUAGAGUUUCGUAAUUAUCAGCUCUUCUUAAAAUUCCAAUGAACUAAGCUGUACACUUUAUUUUGCUACUUGAUAGGCAACUGUGCAGUGUUUACUCAAAUGCCCCACUUACUGACUGGUUGAUUUUUCCACCCUUUGAAGUUUCUCAGCUCAUGUGUACAUACCUUCCUUGCUUUGGUCAAGCUUCUAUGAAUAUCCAUCCUCGUGGUUUGUC